AUGAUAACUUUGCUCUUCGUUCUUUUUUCGCAAUUAACCAGAGCAAAUGUGGAUUUUGCUGUUCUUAAAACUUAGUAAAUUGCUAUGACAGAUGAAUAGAAGAAAGCCAAGAUUUAUGAAACUAGAUAUAAAACGCCAUUUAGUGAUACUGCACCAUUGACAAAAAUACCCAACUAUAUCAAAAUGGAUUUCGAUAUCACCUAAUCAUAGAUAAAGAGUGUAGGAAUGCUGCGUGAAGUAAACGUUGAUGUGUGUUAAUCAUCGAAUUUCAGAUUGACUUGGUUUGAGAUAGCUCACAGAAAUGGCUACUAUAUUUACUUCUACAUGGAAACCAAUUUCAACUCAAGAAAUUACCUGAUUAGUAAAACAACAAUCGUAUUCUAAGAUGGAAAUGAUGAAGUAAAAAUCCACAGUGAUCCGGGAGUAAAUGCUCUUGGGGUUCCCUAUUCAAUAUGGAAUAAGCCAUCAUCAGCAAAAAACUCUUUUGUUUAUGGAAUAGGAGUAGAAUUCUACCCAUUCGUGUAUAACAAAUAUUUUAGGUAUGUAAUCAGGAUGUUUGAUACCUCAGGCACAAUGAGAGGAUUGAUGGGUGAAGAAGAAAACUUUGCAUACACAAGCUUUGCAUUUGCAGCAGUCACUGGCUUUUGCAUUGGUGGAACUGCCUUGGCUAAUGUCAUAGGAAUUCCCUACACUAGUAAAAGACUAUCACUUUCUAAUUGUCUUUUGAUCUCUGUCUUGUUUGAGGCUCUUGGAAACGUAAUUCUGUCAAAGUUUAUUCUCCUAUAAACUAUCAAAAAUACAAUCAAUUUUACACAGAUAUAUGGGGCUUAAAAUCUCAGGAAAAAAGGUUUUAUAUCUCUUGGAUCAUCGUUAAUGGCUACAUGUUUAAUGAUGAUAAAUGUCACGAUAUUUGCAUUACCAUUAUCAAGCACGUAUAUUGCAUUUAGUGGUAUGACAGGCGCCUCUUUAUUUGUAUUUGGAUUUGAAACUGAAGAGUAGAAUACUAAUACUGGUAAUUCUGCUAAUUCUAUUGAAUCAGAUGAACGGAAAAAUCCUAAUAAAAUUUCUAUCGUUACUGCAGAUUGGCUAAUAGGAGAGAGUCUCAUAUGGAUAUUUACCCCAGUUUUAUCAGUUUUGCUAACAUAUAUCUUGCAUAAAGCAAUGAAAAAAUUUAUAUUCGAGAGAUAAGAUGCGAGGAAAAGAGUCAUUAAGAUUACUCCCUACUCGAUUAUUUUCUUGAUCAGCAUUGUAGUGACAUUGCCAAGUUUUAUAAUUUUACUUGUUCUUUCUAGACUUUAUAUGAUUAGAAAGGCUCAUAAAGAUGAAGAGAAUACUCGGCUUUGUACAGAUAUUGUCGAUAGUCUCAAAUUCUGGAGUUCUAAGGCUUUGCUUAAAGCAUACUUUGGAGAUGAAUAGAAUGUAAUGAGAAGACUCACAUAAAGACAAAAUUAUCAAUUAGAGAGAACAAAACUACCAGAUCAAAUAGAUGAAUAAGAAUCUUAUCUUGAAGUCAGUAAGGAUAAUGGAAGUGAUGAAGAUCAAUAAAAAGUAAUGACCUAAAACCAGGAGCAUAGAGGAUAAUAGAAGCAAUAGUUUAAAACUAUUUAAAUGUAUCAAUAAGAUAGAUUUGAUAUAAACUGCAGUGAGAAUAUGAGCGAAUAUCCUCAAGAAUAAAUUCCCUCUCCAUCAUUUGAGCGUAACAGGUAGAAUGAACAAGAGGAAAAUGAAGAGUAGUUAUAGUAAAGAAUGAUUCGCAAUGAGUAGUUAAGAAAUUCACACUCAAAAGUAUACAUUCACAGUGAAAAAAACAAAUAAAAAAUUGAUAAGCUUUUCAAAGUACCUAUGAUUAUUAGCACUUGUUUAUUGGCUUUUGCUCAUGGAUCAAAUGAAGUGAAUGUAUCGGCACCAUGUGCUGCGAUGAUAUUUCUGCUCAAUAAAAAUACGGCAAUUUCAGAUGAAGAGGCUUAUUAAGGUUUGGCGAUUGGACUGGAUAUAGCAAAUAUUUACUUUUUAAACAAGAUUUCAAAGGGGAAAAAAUUUAAAUAUAAAAAGAUUGGCAUGGCUAUUGGGUUCAUUAUUUUAACUGUGGUAGCAAGUGCUUUAUUCAGUAUAGCCUUAUAUCAGCUAAUCUCAUCUCUUGAUGAUGCAAUUAAAAAUUGA